AUGGUAACACAAUUAGAGGAUAAUAAAAUUGUUGAAGAUUUAAAAAAUGUUGAUUUGGAUAGUCAAUCUCUCACAGAAAAUGUUUCUGAUGAUGAUGAAGAUUAUGAGGGAACCAAUAUUGGAGAAAUUUUAGUUAUUCGUGAGACAAGUAUUAAAAAAAUGAUGGAUGCUAUUCCUUGUUAUUAUACAAACAUUGUUGGUGAAUUUGCUGAUGUUGAAAUUUUUCUUAUUUCUGUUGAAUCAAUGCUUAUUGAGUUUACUUCUCAUUCUUAUCAUAAUUGGACUUUGGGUGGUCAGACUGUUGUUUUUUCAGAACAGAUUAACAGAUUUUUAAGUAAUUUAGUUAAUCUUGGUGCUAAAUUUAAGCUUAUUGUUUUCAAAGAUAUGGCUCAAUUAUUUAGUCAAGAUACUAUUUUAAAUUUUUAUUAUCAUUUUAUGCUUGCAUAUUUAAAAAAGAGUCCUUAUUCUAAGCAUUUAGAAUUUUUUAACAAUCCAAUUGAAGAUACUUGGUCUGAGUAUUUAGGAAAUUUAACUCCAUCAUUUAUGUUGAUGUCUAUUAAUGAUGCAUCAAAAAUUGUUUCACCAAAUCCAAUUGACUUUUUUACAAGAUUUAGAGCCAUUGCUUGUCAUCUUAUUUAUAGCUCUAUACCUGUUGUAAGUCUUUCUGGAUUUAAAAUUAAUAUAUCAUCUGUCAUGGCAUAUCGUUUCUAUCCAUGUCCUGUUCAAUUUCCAAAAUUUUUUGAUGAACUUGUCAAAGAAUGGGAUUUAACUACAAUUGAAGAUACUUCUUGUAUAAGCUUAGUAGAGAGUGAAAUUAAAAAUGUUGCUGAUUUAUGGAUGGAAAUUUUUAAAGAGGUUAAUAGUAACCAAAAGAAUGAAGUUUCUGCUAACUUUGAAUCACUUGUUGCUGCUGUUUAUCUAUUUUCUUUAGUAUCAGAGAAAAAAGGUAUUGCAAGAAGUUAUGCUAUCGAAGAUAAAUCAUUCUCUCCUGGUCCAUCAUUAAUAAAGGACAGAAAGAUUUUGCUUACAUCAUGUGCAAAAGUUUUAAAAUUAAUUAAAAUUGAAGAAAUUUCUUUUGAUAUUAAAGAUAUUUGGGAUGGUAGACUUAUCCAGGCGUACUACUCUGCAAUAUCUGCUCAGAAGAGUAUUUUACCUUAUCGUCUUCAGGAAACUUUUGCCAAAUAUCAUAUACCUUCUGGCCUUUCUGUUCCACUUCAAGUAGAUAGCGAAGAUAAAUUACUUGAUAAUGCUUCAAAUGACGAUGAACUUUUAUUAAGAAGCUGUAAUCUUGUUGGAUUUUCAAAAUCAAUAUUUAAUGGUUUUAUUGAAGAUAUUGCAUUAGAAGUUGAUAAAACAAUAAAAAAUCAACCACAUCAAAAAGAAGAAAUAGAUUAUGCUGUGGUAAUGGAAAAUAAGAAAAGAUGGAAAUUUAAGCCGAUCCAAGAUAAUUUAAUUAAACAGGAAGAUAAAAAUAUGAAUCAUUGGGCUAUCAAAAAACGUAAUCGUCAAAAACAACAAUUAUAUAAAUGGUAUCAAAACUUUUCUGAUUCAUUGGAAGGAAGAAGAAAUGAAUUAUUGGUAGAUUUUACCAGGAAUCCAUUACCAAAUACUGUUGAGGCUCCAACGAAAAAUGACAAAAGUAGUAAAGAUGGAAAAUCAAAGAAAAGUGGUGGAAAACCAGGAAGUAAAGGUGGUAUGUCUAAAAAAGAUCAAAUUUUAGAAGCUAAUAAACAAAAAAAGUUAAAAGAACAAUUUGAAAAUGACAAUAUUAAAAUUCAAUAUGCUUUACAAGUUAAAGGAAAUCAAAUUGCUACACUAGAAUCUGUUUACAGAAAAUUAGAGCUUCCACAAUCAAAGGCUCUUUGUGCAUUUGAAAUAGCUCAAAAAAGAGCUAGUCUUUAUAUUGAUAAUGCAUCAACAGAUGUCAACGAACGUAGAAUUCAAGCAUUAGAAUUAAUUGGUCAACUAAAACAAUGUUUUGCUUUUCACUAUGAAAACUUUGACAAUAAACAAAAAGAGAAAAUUGAUGAAUAUUGGUCACUUCUUGGGUUCUCUGACAAGACAAAAAACAAAAGACUUCAAGCACAACUUACUUUAGACAUUGAUUUAAUAUACUAUCAAUUAGAGUAUGCAGGAAGAUUUAUUGAUGUACUUUCAGAUCCCAAAAGGGAUAAUCGUGUUACUGGUUUUUCACCAGAUAAAUGGCAAAGAGAAAUGCUUGAUGCUGUUGAUGCUAAUAAGUCUGCUUUAAUUAUUGCUCCAACAUCAGCUGGUAAAACAUUUGUUUCAUAUUAUGCUAUUGAGAAAAUUUUAAGAUCUUCUGAUGAUAAUAUGGUUGUUUAUGUAUCUCCAUCAAAAGCUUUAAUGAAUCAAUUUUGUGGUUCAGUUUAUGCUAGAUUUAGAAAUAAAACUCUUUCUGGAGGAAAGUCACUUUUUGGUGUUUUGAUGAAAGAUUACUCUGAUAGAGUAAAUAGUUGUCAAGUUCUUGUUACAAUUCCAGAAUGUUUUGAAGAAAUGUUGUUACUUGCCAAUCCAGAAGUCCAGAAAGUUGUUUCAAGAAUCAAGUAUGUAAUUUUCGAUGAAGUACAUUGUAUCUCUGCACCAACUGAUGAACGUAAUAUUAUUGCUGAUGGUAGAAAAUGGGAAAUAUUACUUUCUCUUAUUAAAUGUCCAUUCCUUGCUUUAUCUGCUACUAUUUCAAAUGUAGAAAUUCUUCAUCAAUGGAUGCAAUGUCUUGAAAAUGCUAAAACACUUGAAAGUGAAACACCAAGAGAGGUUGUUUUAAUUCAAUAUAGUGAACGCUUUAGUGAAUUAGAAUUAGGUAUACAAAAAUUAGACACAGCUCCAAAUUCAUUUGAUGUAUCAAUUGAAAAGAAAAAAUUUAAUGAUCCAAAUGCUCUUUUUUCUUCUUCAUUAACUCCUAUUAGUGAAGAUGAGUCUAUAAUUUUAUUUAUGCCUUAUGGUAUUUUUGAAAAAGUUAAACUUGAAAUGUUUGGAAUUCCUGAAGAUCAGCAAUUAACAGCAAAACAAAUUCUUCAAUUAUAUAACGUUAUGAGUACAUUUGACGAAAAUACAAAAAAUUUCCUUGAACCGGUUAAAUUUUUCGGUGCUAAAAAAAAUGAAAACAAAAUAUGGCUUAACAGAGAUAAACUUCGAUCACUUGAAAAUGAAUUGAAAACAAGAUUUAUGUAUUUAUUAGAAAAUGAUGAAGAUAAAUUCCAAAAAGUUCUUAAAGAAUUAAAAAAAAAUGUUGAAACUGAAUUUGAAAAAAGAUCAAAACCAUUUAAUAUGAUUAAGGAAGCUGUAUACAAUAUUGUUCCUCUUGUUGAUCAAUUAAAAAAUAAGGAAAUGAUUCCAGCUAUUUGUUUCAAUGAUGAUCGUGAAGUUUGUGAAUUAUUAGCAAUGAAACUUUACAAUUGUCUUUCUGAAAGACAAAAAGAAUGGAUGGAAUCUCCUGAAUAUAAAAGUAAAUAUGAUUUUAAAAAUGAAGAUAAAUUUUUAAAAGCUCAAGAAAAGAAAGCUGCUGCUGAAAAAGCAAGAAAGGAAAAAAAAUUAAAAGAUCAUGGUAUUGAUGAGGAUCAAAGACCUGGUGAUUCUAUUGAAGAUUCAGAUCCUUUUGCUAUUCAAAGAAUUAAAUUGAAAAAAGAUUUAAAAAGAUUUUCACUUCAAGUUAGAGAGGGUGAUGAAGAAUUGUAUACACAAAUGUUACAAAAAUUAAAUUCAAGUGGUGAUCGUGAAAAAUCAAAAAUGGUUGCUAGACUUAUUGAAAGAGGAAUUGGUAUUCAUCAUGAAGGACUUAAUCCAAUAGAAAGAGGUGCUGUUGAAUCACUUUUUAGGGCAGGAUAUAUUGGUGUUGUCUUCUCAACAAGUACUUUAGCUCUUGGUUUAAAUAUGCCUUGUAAAACUGUUAUAUUUGGUAUUGAUACACCACAAUUAAAUCCAUUACAAUUCCGUCAAAUGAGUGGUCGUGCUGGUAGAAGAGGUUUUGAUCAUGCAGGUACUGUUAUAUUUAUGUCUGUUCCAACAGCAAAAAUUCGAAGACUUCUUACUGCUUCUUUGUCAACAUUAAGAGGUAAUAUUCCAUUUACCACAACAAUGCUUCUUAGACUUAUUAAUUUCAUUAAUAUGGAAGAUAAUGAAGAUGUUAAAUUAUCGAUAACAGGAAAAAAGAAAGAUAAGGGUACAUCAAAAGUUGGAACACCAAAAGAAUUAAGAAUUAAGACAGUUUGUAAUUUACUUCAAAACUUUUUCCUUACAUUCACUAAAAAAAGUGGAAGUACAAAAGCACUAAAGAAUCAAUUUAAAUCUCUUGCUGCUUUUAGUAUUGAAGUUUUAAGAAAAGUUAGCUUAUUAGAUGAGAAAGGAGUAUUAAAAAAAUUUGCUCCUUUAGCAUGUUGCUUAUCUGACUUCGAACCUGGAAAUAUUAUUUUAACACAUCUUAUUCAAACAGGUUCACUUCACAAAUUACUAAAGAAAUUUGGUGAAGAAAAAGAAGAAUUUAAAGAUGCUUUAGUAAAUAUAUUUGCACAUCUAUUUACUAACAAAAAAUUACCGUUAACAUUUUCUGAGGAAAAAAAUCUUGACCAUAUUACUUUAAAACCUAUGGUUCCAGAAAUUCAAAAACAAGUGGAUAUGUUUAAUGAAGAAAUAAAUUUACUCUUAAUUUCAUUUUUAGAAUUAGGAUUAGUUCCUGGUGAAAAGAUUCAAUCUGAUGUAUUUAGUAUUACAGGUUUAAAAAAAUCUGAUUUAUCUUUAUAUAGAAAUGAUAUAGUUCCACCAUUCCAUAAAGAUAUUAUUUUAGAUGAAGCAUUACUACCAACAUCAGGAAUAGAUGCGAAAUCCCAUCGAGGAGAAUCUGUAAAAUUAAAUUCUUAUGCUUAUGAUUUUUGGAAAUCCGGUUUUUCUGAUGAUUUAUUAAAUGUCAAUUUACUCCUUAUUUCGGAAUAUUGGUUUGCCAUUCAUGAUUUUUCUAAUGUUUUACUAGAAACAUCUAGAAUUUUAUCAACGAUUGGUAAUGAUAAUGAUCAAUUAAUUGCUUGUAUAAAGGAAUUGGCUAAUGAAUAUCAUACUAAAUUCAUCAGAGCAUUCAAUAUGAAAAUGAGAAAGAGUGACUAA